GAGAGAGAAGGAAACCAAAAAAAAAAAGAAGAAGAAAAAAGGGUUUCAAAUAUUUGCGGAGAAGGUGACUGCGUGUGAGACAAGGCGAAGAGGAAGAGGCGGUCGUUGCAACCCUCAAAAAAAAAAAAAAAAAAAAAAAAAACUUGGAGAGGGGAAUUUCAAUUUCUCUCUUUCUCUCUCUUCAAACACCUUCCCAUUUAUCUUCAUCCUCUUUUUAUGAAGGACGGGGAAGAGUCUACACAAAUGGAAUCCAUACUCUGAAAUGGGACUUUCUCUCUUCUCUAUCAGCUUAUCGUCGACUCCUCCCCGAUCCUCUGCUUUCCUUCUUCCCUCUUCCGCCUAGGGUUUUUCACGCCUCCUCCUUCUUUUUUUGAGUAUCAUGCCGACAUUCACUACAAUUGCAUUGGACAGGUUGUUAGAACCUGGAACUACGAAAUCUAUUGAUAAGUCCCUUCCUAAACCUAAGCCUGCUUUGACCUUUAACCGUGCUCCAAGCACGAAGUUGGAGAGGAGGAAUAGCGCAUCAGUUGCUGACAGAAAAGUUCAGCGGCCUCAAAUAAAGCCAGCACUCUAUACCACCCCAGAGGCAACUCCUCUUCCGGAUUCACCAUCUUCCUUCCCUCCUUCCCCUUAUAUUGUAAAUCACAAGCGGCGUGGGCCUCGUCUCUUGAAGAGUUUCUCUGAGGAUGAUGUCUCUCAUAAAAAGAUGAAUGAUAAGGAUGUAGGAAAUGGGAGCGUGGAGCGUUCUGAUGGAAAUGAUGUAAAAUUGACUGAGGGUGCUUCUGUCACUGUUACCACACCUAUUCCAGACAAACAUGGAGACAGAAAUGGUCUAGAUUGUGCUAGUAGUAGUAAUAUUGGUGAAAAUGGGUGUGUUGAUGGUGAUCAUGGUGCUACAGCCGUUCAACUUGUAAGCAGUCACAACAAUCAUGAAAGCAGUAUACUGACAAGUAGUGGUAUUGCUCAGGAAAAGGAUUCAUUGAAGGUUGUGUCAAAUUCAGAAAGUACUGGAGAUAAUGAAGACUUCUUUGAUCCACAUGAUUCUUUGAGUGUUGCAAGUAACACGGAUGGAGAGGAUAAUGGUUUUGAACGUUCAGCUAAGUUUGGUACUCCUAUGGGUGAAUUUUAUGAUGCUUGGGAAGAGCUUUCCUCUGAAGGGGUGCCACAACCAUCCAUUUCUGAUAUUGAACCCGAUCAACGUGAAAUGAGACUAUUGAUGGAAAUAGAGAAACGAAAGCAGGCCGAGGAAGCACUGAAUAAAUUGCAGUGCCAGUGGCAGAGGCUCAGAGAACAGCUAUUGCUUGUAGGAUUGACCCUUCCUUCAGAUCCCACAGUAGCCACAGAAGGGAAGCAGUUAGAUUCUGACCCUGCUGAAGAAUUGUGCCAACAAGUUAAUCUUGCCAGGUUCGUGUCAGAAUCUAUUGGGAAGGGUAUAGCGAGGGCAGAGGUGGAGGCUGAGAUGGAGGCACAGCUUGAAGUCAAGAAUUUUGAGAUCGCUCGAUUGCUGGACCGGCUCCAUUACUAUGAGGCAGUGAAUCAUGAAAUGUCCCAGAGGAAUCAAGAAGCUGUAGAUUUGGCACGGCGCGAAAGGUUGAGAAGGAAAAGGAGGCAGAGAUGGAUCUGGGGUUCAGUUGCCACUGCAAUCACACUUGGCACUGCAGUCUUAGCUUGGUCUUACCUUCCAUCAGGAAAAGAUUUGCCAUCCAGCAACAAUUCGAAGGCCGAGCAUGACGAUGUAACAGAUUGAUAACCGCUGACACAAGACUUAGCUUAUGUACCGUGUUAUAGAAAGGAAAAAUAAAAGGAGCUAUACAGUCAAUCAUACAUGUGGUGUAAUGUUGAUAUCAAAUGUUGCGUUUGUCAGAAGUAUUCUCAUCCCCAAGGUAUAGUUCUUAUAAAUUGUCGGCCCCUAUAAUUUAAAGGUGAAAGGGGUUGAUUCUUGAUAUUCUUUUCUUAUUUUUUCCAGAUCUAACAGGGGUUAUAACACCUGAAAUUUUGGCAAUGUCAUGCAAUGAAUGAUAUACAGACUGUUUACUACUAA